UAAUCGAGUCUGCCAUCCACAUGGCUCUGUUUCAUAGUACUCAGGGUGGGAUGUGGAGUUGCCCAUACUGAACGAGUCAUAUUCUGAGGAGAUCGGUAGUAAAAACAAAGAGAUGCUAUUCAAGAUUGCAUUGAAGAACCUCCAUGAUGUCCAGCGUAUGAACAGGAUCCCCUCUUUCGAUAAAGGUCGAUGUCUGCAGUACAAGGACGCGUUCGUGGCUCUGUCCGGAAUUUGGAAUUUAUUUUCCCAAAAUGCCAGCGACCAUUUUGACCCUGCACAGUCAAAGGAAGCUCAAGAUCUGUGCUUACUCCCGCAUCUGGAUGCGAAGAUUCCUGGAAUAGAUCUCAUUGUUCAGCCGCUAAUAGACAAGCUCAACGACGGGUCAUCCCUGCAGGAACUGUUGGAGCACACCUAUAAGUUGCAGUACGAACUCCCCGCUCAGAGACUCAAUCUUCGUGUGCUUCAGACAAUCCUCAUGCAUGUCAUUAGGCCUCUAACUGGACCUAAGGCGCUAUCUGAGGCGGACGCAUUGCUCCUCUGGGCAUCGGUAUUCAAAGACGGUUUGCCUUUGGACACUGCAUUGAGCUUGCACCUUGGUGACCAAGGCUGCGCCGCAACCACGUUGUCCAAGUCAGCACUUGCAGAGGCCUUUGAUACUGACAACGCUACACGGAAGUGCGACUGCAUCCUUGCUGUAGACGGCCUGGAGGUCGGCAAUUUUGAGGCAAAACGUGAGAGUUCCAGCUCCAUUGACAUCGCUAUUCAGAUGCGAAAGAAUGCCAAAAUCAACAAGAGUAUCUUGCUGGAACUCGAGAAGUACGGGUUAGAAUGUCCUCCCAUUUUGAACAUUCAAGGUAUGACAGCGACAGUGUCCAAAAUAACUAGAUACCAAGACAUAUGGGUGCUUGGAAUGGCAUGCCCCACACUUGCACUGCCAAGAACAGGCGCACACGUCCGCUUCUUUCUAGAGAAAGAUGUUUACGUGUUGUUCAGAUUGCUGAAUAACUAUCAUUCGUAUGCACAGAAUGCAUUCCUCGCAAAGCAGCGGUAUGAAUACCACAAUCAGACAUUGGCACAGGAGGCAGCAGAGUCCGCCUAUCCGAAAGAGGGCCUAGCAACAAUGGAGUGGGAGAGAGUAGUUCUGCACUCCCCAUCCAAGCCCGUCACGGCGAAGGAGAACGGAUGAGGAGGCAUAAGUCUGCACCCAUUUGCUCCAUAACGUCAAUAUACAUACAUAGCCAAGAUGUUCAUGUAAAGCUCUUUAUUCGUCUGACCCAUCCUCGACUUCCGAAACGCCCUUACCUGUUCGUAUGAUCAGUGUUAAUGCGGAUUUAUUUCCUUGGCCGACAAGAACUGUCUUCACCGUCAGCGGUCGAAUUUCUUUUCGUCGUGUUGCAACAAAUGCCUUUGAAGGGGCUCCAGAGGAUGGUCCUCCAUAAUCGGCAUCCGAUGUACCUCCAUCACCACUCAACUCAAUACAAUACUCGAAACCUGAUAUGCCUCCAUUAUCGCUCAACUCAUUACCAUAAUUAUCAUCUGCAUUGUAAUUCUACGCACAACAACAUAAGGACCUUCAUACUCGGGCGUCAAUUUGUCACCCAAGAUAGGAUCGAGAGUCAUAACCUUGGCUUUAUCAGG